CGAAGCAUCAUCCGCGCGCAUGCGCAGAUUAUAGAUUAUUACAUACAUGAUUCCGUAACGGAACGGAAUUUCACCUGUCAACCAGCGAAGAUUCGACAGCCAUGUGGUACGAGAUACUUCCGCCGUUGAUAAUAGCAAGCUCGGUAGCAGUAGUACCUCAAUGGGCAAUUUGGCACAUAAAUGAAUUUUUUCUGGGAAACCCUAUGCGUAGGGACCUGCAUCAACUAUGGGAUCGCCAUAUGUUUACAAGAGACUGUCGCAUAAGCGGAGCUCCAUGGAAAAAUAGGGGACUACAGGAUAUUCCUGAUGAUUAAAAUACAAUAAAUUCAUGUAAUGCCGUAGUAAUAUGAUAUUCGAUAUGGCUAACAAGUUAUCAUUUAAUUAUAAUCUACAUGUAAUAUAAUAAAUUGUAUACAUAAAUACAUAUGACAUUUAAUAUAUUUUAUCUACUAUUUCUGACUUCUUAAAUCCAAAAACUAAAUUAUGAUUAUUUAUUAUAGUAUUAAUGAUAAUCGUUAACAUUACAGUUACACAAUAUAAAGAUCAAUUAUUGUAACAAUAUAAUUUAUUAUUAGUAAUAAAAAUAAAAUAGUAUU